GUUUGGACCUUGCCUCACCCUCAUACGAAUCUCCCAUGUCUUAGUCAAAUAUUAAGCAAGAUUAAAGAAAACAAUGAAAUAGAAGAGAUCAAACAAAGCUAGCGAGGUGAGGUGAGGUGAGGUGAGGUGAGCUACACAUACCCACCGCCUCCACCGCUAACUGAACCAAUCACAAUUCCUUAUUCCUCGCACAUAUGGCUUCAAUCCACUACGAUAUUCGCUGCCUCCACUCGGCCACCUCAUCGUCAACCUCCUCCUCCUCCUCCUCGCCGACGUCGCUAUCCACGAUUAGGACUCUCGCCCCCCGCCGCGUCGCCUCGCGCGCCUCCGUGGCGCGUCGAGCGCUGUCUUCUUUCUCCUCCUCCCCAUGGUCGUCGUUUCGCGCCAGAGCUUUCUCCAACGACGCGGCCAAGGAGGCCGUGAAGCUCCCGGAGAAGCCGUCCAUAUGCACCGCCGACGAGCUCCACUACGUCUCGGUUCCCAACUCCGACUGGCGGCUCGCUCUCUGGCGCUACCGUCCUUGCCCCAAGGCCCCUCGGCGGAAUCACCCAUUGCUGCUCUUGUCUGGUGUGGGGACCAAUGCUAUUGGAUAUGAUCUCUCUCCUGAGUCUUCAUUUGCACGUUACAUGUCUGGGCAAGGAUUUCAGACAUGGGUUCUCGAAGUUCGUGGGGCUGGAUUGAGUGUUCAUGAAUCAAAUAAGAAAGAAAUUCAGGAGUCUGUCCAUGCAAAAUCUGAACAAAUGGAAUCUGUGUCAAAGGCUGCAACUAAUGGAGCUUUUUCUGCACAAAAUCAGUCGAACAGCUUUUCCGGUGCUGAUGCAGAAUCUGAACAGAAUGAAGCUGUUUCUCAGAGUGCAACUGAUGGAGCUUCUUCUACAGAAAAGUCGUCAAACAGUUUUCCUGGUGCCUCAGCAUUUGAAAGACCAGUGCACAAAAUAAAUGAUGAGAUUUCAGCUGCCAAAGGUAACCUCACAAGUAUACCAACUGUAGGAAGCGAAUCAAAAACCGUGUCAGGGAUGACUGAAACUUUUACGGAGAAGCCAGAACAAUUGUCUGGCUUUCUCGGUGAAGGUCAAUCCAGUAUCAUGUCUAAUAACUUACUCGACCACAUCUCGAAACUUAUUGCUGAUUCUACCUUAUCUGAGCGGUUCAAUGAUAUAAGUAAUAAGGUAUCAAGCCUAUUAGAGACAAGGCAAAACUCAGCUAUUGCCAACCAAAUCAGGGACCUCAGUCAAAAGCUUGUGAAUAUAAUUGAAGAAGGACAGCGCUCUGUUUCACCAUCAUUGUUUAACUUGCAAGAGCGUCUUUCUUCCACACUAGAAGAUUUUCAGAAGCAACUUGACUUGAUAGUUAAGUAUGACUGGGACUUUGAUCACUACCUUGAAGAGGAUAUACCUGCUGUGAUGGAGUAUAUAAUCGCCGAAAGUAAGCCGAAGGAUGGGAAGUUGUUAGCUAUUGGGCACUCAAUGGGCGGGAUCUUGCUUUAUGCAAUGCUUUCACGAUGUGGUUCGGAAGGAAGAACAUGCAACCUAGCAGCUGUUGUAACGCUGGCCUCAUCACUUGAUUACACGUCUUCAAAAUCAACCCUUAAAUUGCUUAUACCACUUGCAGAUCCUGCUCAAGCUCUCAAUGUCCCUGUUGUUCCUUUGGGGACAUUAUUGGCAGCAGCUUAUCCUCUGUCAUCCCGCCCUCCUUAUGCCUUCUCUUGGCUUAAUAAUCUGAUUUCAGCACAGGGAAUGAUGCAUCCAGAGUUACUGGAAAAGCUUAUUUUAAAUAACUUUUGCACAAUACCAGCAAAACUUCUAUUGCAGCUAACAACAGCUUUUAAGGAGGGUGGACUACGUGACAGGAGUGGUACCUACUUGUAUAAGGAUCAUAUACAUAAAAGCAGUGUCCCUAUACUGGCAAUUGCUGGAGAUAAGGAUUCAAUAUGCCCUCCAGAAGCUGUUGAAGACACUGUUAAGGUGAUACCAAAGCACCUGGUUACAUAUAAAGUUUUUGGAGAAUCUGAAGGUGCACACUAUGCUCAUUAUGAUUUGGUAGGAGGUCGAAUGGCAGAAGAGCAAGUCUAUCCGUGUAUAAUUGAUUUUCUUAGUAAGCAUGACCGAACAUGAUUGACAGGAAUUCAUCGUGGAACUGGUGCAGAUAGGCAUUACUGAGAGAUACUAUAUAAUAGUGCACAGGAGAUGUUUUUCUUCCUAGACCGGAAUUCACAGUUAUUUUUACACAAAGUUCUGUUCACCAUCAAUUGUGGAUAAUAUGUAGAUGUAUAUUUAUGAUAACUUGUUCGUAAAAGGUCAA